GGGUUUGCAUCUGAUUCAUGUUUGUGACAGGCGGCAGGUGCUGCGCCUCUGUGGUUACAUUUAACAGGAGAUGUAACCUGUUAAAGCCUGAAACAGGAAAUAAUUCAAAUUCAUUUGAAGGUGUCGUAUUUGCUGCUGUGCUUUUUCAUUUAUUGCUUAAAAAUGUUUUGUGAAUAUUUUCUGGGGGAAACACUGCACUGCUGAUAAACUAGAUGUAAAGAGGUGCAAUCACCGUCAUUGAUCAUGUAAUGUUGCCAUGUGAGCUGAUGCAGUAGCAGCGAUGACACUGUGCAGUUGUUCUUUUCCAUCAUUUCUGUGCGUGAGCAAACAGUUUCCUCUUGUCCUCUUUGUCAUUAAUUUGAAUCCGCUUCCCGUUAUGGUAAACUGUGUUUGUGCGGCCAGACAGUACUCACCUCUUCCUCUUUCGUGCCCCACAGAAUGGAGGCCCUGCUGAACGAGUGGCUGUGGCGGGAAGAGUUCUGGAUCCCUCCUGGGAAUCACUGGAAAGACAUGGAGAUGAAGGAAGGAGAGGGCUACUUCCCUCUACCCAGGCAUCUCAUCUACACCUUGCCACUAGCUCUGAUCUUUAUAGCCAUCAGAUAUAUCUUUGAGAGCUGUGAGAGUAGUCCGGGGUCGGAGGAUGAUGGCGUGUGCUGUGUGCGAGUCGUAGAGGUCGUAGAGGUGGGCACCGUCAUUUGUGCUCACGUAGACGUCGGCCAGCUGGAAGGUGUCUCCACGCAAUCUUCUCAGGCCACAGCUCCUGUGUCUGAGGCUCAUUACUGGUAUUACAUGUUGGAGAUGAGCUUCUAUUUGUCGCUGCUUCUGAGCAUCUCUGUGGAUGUGAAGCGAAAAGAUUUCAAGGAGCAGGUGGUUCAUCAUAUUGCCACCAUAAUUCUCAUCGGUUUCUCCUACAUUGCCAACUAUGUGAGGGUGGGCACUUUGGUGAUGCUGGUCCACGACUCUGCCGACAUUAUUCUCGAGGUGGGUAAGAUGCUACACUACGCCUUGUGGGCGAAGACAUGCGACGUCCUGUUUGUCCUCUUUGCUCUGGUGUUCCUCGUCACGAGGCUGUAUGUCUUUCCAAGCAGGAUCAUCCACACCACCCUGAUCGUUUCAAUGCAGUUCUACGAGCCUUUCUUUGGUUAUUAUUUCUUCAACGCUCUUCUGUUCGUGCUACAAUUGCUGCACAUCUACUGGGCCUAUCUCAUCCUGCGCAUGGUCUACAGGUUUGCCUUCGUGGGCAAGAUCGAGGGUGACGUGCGCAGCGACGAGGAAAGUCCGGUAGAUGACAAUGAAGAAGAAGAGGAAGACAGGGGUGAGUGCAGCUGGGAGCAGAGGAAGGAUGCGAUUAACUCCAGACUGGCAUCGCUGGCUAACAACUGCGUCCUGAACAACCUGACCAACCAGACAAAUAGAAACAGCAGACUACCCAAAACCAGAUAGUGGCUUCACAUCGAGUCCACGGCUUCGCUUCCACUUCCAUGUCUCCAACAUGGUCCGUUGAUGAUUUCAGGUCAGGGUAGGUUUGCCUCUGAGCAAAGAAGCACAGAUGAUUGUUGAUCCACCGAAUGUGACACCACUCAUAACACUAAUAUCAAAACAAUAAGAACACAUAUGAUGAGAGCGCGUGAUCACUGCGAUGCCGUUUCUGGUCCCUGUAGUAUAAGAACUUGAAAAUAUUCAGGACAGCGUUUUAGUUCAUCUUUGCUUUUUUUUGAGUGAGAACUUAAAAAAAUAUUGUUUGUAUUAAAACAUAUUAAUUCUUGUGUAUAAUAUGGUGUAAUCUAUUUUAAAUGGAACAAACUACUCUGAUUUAUGUCCACAUGGCUGCUCAUGCACACAGUUCUGAUUGUAGUAAAUCUGUUGAUAAAUCA